GGCAGGGAGGCGGAGGGAGAGGAGACACCCCAGCCAUUUCCAGAGUGCUGCUGAGACUUUGCUGGUUCUGGGGGGGGCCCUGUGCUUCUUCCUUUAAGCUGGCUUUCCCUGUUUUCCCUUGGAGCCCUGGCUGUGGCCGGGGGGCGGUGGGCCAUGCCAGGAGCAGUGGAAGGCCCCUGCUGGAAGCAGGCAGAGGACAUCCGGGACAUUUAUGAUUUCCGAGAUGUUCUGGGCACGGGGGCCUUUUCCGAGGUAAUCCUAGCAGAAGACAAGAGGACUCAGAAGCUGGUGGCCAUCAAAUGCAUCGCCAAGAAGGCCCUGGAAGGCAAAGAGGGUAGCAUGGAGAAUGAGAUCGCUGUCCUGCACAAGAUCAAGCAUCCUAACAUUGUAGCCCUGGAUGACAUCUAUGAGAGUGGGGGCCACCUCUACCUCAUCAUGCAGCUAGUGUCAGGUGGGGAGCUGUUUGACCGAAUCGUGGAGAAAGGGUUCUACACCGAGCGGGAUGCCAGCCGCCUCAUCUUCCAGGUGCUGGACGCGGUCAAGUACCUGCACGACCUGGGCAUUGUACACCGAGACCUCAAGCCAGAGAACCUCCUCUACUACAGCCUGGAUGAGGACUCCAAGAUCAUGAUCUCCGACUUUGGCCUCUCCAAGAUGGAGGAUCCGGGCAGUGUGCUCUCCACAGCCUGUGGGACCCCAGGAUACGUGGCCCCUGAGGUCCUGGCCCAGAAGCCCUACAGCAAGGCCGUGGACUGCUGGUCCAUUGGGGUCAUAGCCUAUAUCCUGCUCUGCGGCUACCCCCCCUUCUAUGAUGAGAACGAUGCCAAACUCUUUGAACAGAUUCUGAAGGCUGAGUACGAGUUUGACUCUCCUUACUGGGACGACAUCUCUGACUCUGCCAAAGAUUUCAUCCGGCACCUGAUGGAAAAGGACCCAGAGGAGAGGUUCACCUGUGAGCAGGCCCUGCAGCACCCAUGGAUUGCAGGAGACACGGCUCUGGAUAAGAAUAUCCACCAGUCCGUGAGUGAGCAGAUCAAGAAGAACUUUGCCAAGAGCAAGUGGAAGCAAGCCUUCAAUGCCACGGCUGUGGUGCGGCACAUGAGGAAGCUGCAGCUGGGCACCAGCCAGGAAGGGCAGGGGCGCGCGGCAAGCCACGGGGAGCUGCUGACACCAACCACUGCAGGACCCGUGGCUGGCUGUUGCUGUCGAGACUGCUGUGUGGAUCCCAGCCAGAAAGUGCCCCCCACGCUGCCCCCCCAGCUCUAGGGUGGAAGGCAGCCUGCCCGCUUCCCUGGCCCAUCCCUCCCCACCCCCUCCCUCUCCCUCCUCACUGCAUUUUCCAUACAAAGGUUUCUAUUUUAUUGUUCCUUCUUGUAAUAAAGGUAAGAAGAUAAAAUCACA